AUGCAUAUCCUUCCUGGUCAUGAUCAUGAACACAGCGAACAUGGCGCGCACCCACCACACCUCAAGCACAGCCAUGCGCACGAGGAGGACAUUCCAGGCACUGUGAACUUGAGAGCUCUAGAGGGAGAUGACACUGGCUAUGGACAGGGGCUAUUUCCGGUUCCGGCCGACGACCCCAAUGAUCCUCUACAAUGGCCCAACUACAAGAAGACCAUGAUCUUGAUCAUUUGCUCUGCAUAUUCGUUUCUGGGCAAUUCGUCACUGUUGGGGCCUUCCGUCUACAUUGGCAUCUAUGCCGAGUCGUUUGGAAUCUCGCCAGCUACUGCAUCGGGGUUGAUAUCAUAUCCCAAUCUGGCUUAUGGAUUCGGGUCUUUGGUUUUGGUUCCUGCUUACCUCAAAUUCGGUCGUCGACCGGUCAUGCUGUUUUCCAUCAUUGCUUUCGCGGCUGGACUCAUUGGCGCUUCUCAAUGCAAUUCCUAUGGUAGCCUCAUGGCCGCUAGAAUCGUUCAUGCCUUUGGCUCCGGAGUCUGCGAGGCGCUGCCUGUGCAAUUGGUCAAUGACAUCUUCUUCUUGCACGAACGUGGUCAGCGGUUGGGCUACUAUACCGUUUGCCUCUGCCUGGGCGCCACCGGGCCCCUUUACGCCGGUUACAUGCUGGCGGGAGGAUAUUCAUGGCGACUGUUCUUUUACGUCGAAUUUGCGUUUGCGUGUGUCUUGUUCAUUCUCGCCUUCUUCUUUGUGGAAGAGACGUGGUACAAGCGGGACGAGAUGAAGGCCCGCCUAGGGGCCGCCAGCGAGUCGUCCAACGAUAACGAGAAAGCCGUCGACGCCGAACUGAGAGAGGUUUCGUCAGCACCGCCUCCUCGAAAGUCCUUCAUCACAACCCUGAAACCAUGGGGUGUGUAUGACCGGGAGGCGCCGUCCUUCAUGACCGCGCUACGCUCGUUCUCGUACUUCUUUGUGCCGUCAGUGUUCUGGGUUGUGGCGACUUACGGUAUCUACAUCGGCCUGGGUGCGCUGGCUUUCAACUACACCUUUCCCAUCAAGAUCGUUGCCCCGCCCUACAACUGGAGCCAGACAAACUCUGGUCUGAUCGCCGUCGGCAACGCGGUCGGCUACAUCCUCGCUGUCCCUUUUACGACCUCGUCCGAUCGACUGGCAGCGUAUCUGACGAAAAAGAACAACGGCAUACGCGAGGCUGAGAUGCGUCUGGGGGUUCUGUUGCCAGCCCUGCUCAUUGGACCUGCUGGAUUGAUUGUGUAUGGCUACACUGCAGGACAAGACCUCCAUUGGUUUGGCUACUUUGCGGGAGUGGCCAUGGUCAACUGGUCGGCCUACUUCUAUUUCACCUUCUCGCUCGCUUAUGCCGUGGACAGCUACACGGUUAAUCUGUCGGAGAUGCUGAUCGCCAUGAACUUGGGCAAGCAGGCCAUCUCGUUCGGCAUGGGCUUUAAACUGCUGGACUGGAUCCUCGAGACCGGCUACAUCAACGUCAUCGCCGGCAUCUUCUGUGGAGUCCUGGCCGCCAACGAUCUGGCUCUCUUGGUGUUCAUGGCUUUUGGAAAGAGAAUCCGCAUUGCGACUAGCAAGACAUGGCUGGCACGCAUGCAUAAAAGGACUCACGUCACAGGGGAGUCGCAUUGA